AACAUUUAUGACCUUGAUUGCUGUUAUAAGCGGAGAACUUUCAAAACUCGACAUAUGUAGGCACUCGUAAACAAAUGGUUAAGGGGAUUGCUGUCCUUUUUGAAUAUGAAACGCCAAAACUUGUACAGAUUUCCAACAUUAGAAUUGGAGUUACUCAACGCCUACUUCAAUUGGUUAUUCUUAUAUAUGUCGUUUGCUGGGUUAUGAUUUAUGAGAAGGGAUAUCAAGAGAAUGAUAUAGCUAAAAGUGCGGUCACGACUAAAGUAAAAGGUGUCGGCUUUACAAACUUUUCGCAUAUCCCGGGGAUCGGGAUACGGAGUUGGGACGUGGCGGAUUAUAUAGUACCGCCUUUGGAAAAUAAUGCACUGUUUGUGAUCACCAACUUGGUUAAAACUGAACGUCAGUCACUUUCCAAGUGCCCAGAGAGUUCAUGGGUCCCCGAGGCAGCUUGUUAUAAAGACUCAGACUGUAAACCCUACUUUAUUACCCAUCUUGGCAAUGGUGCUCAUACAGGCAAAUGUAUCAUUAAACCAGGGAAUGAUAUUGGAUCAUGUGAAAUAUAUUCUUGGUGUCCAUUAGAAAAUGAUACUUUACCGCUUGGUAAAAAAUCAUAUUUAUUCCCAAUGGUUUAUAAUUACACACUACUUAUCAAAAAUGAUAUAAAUUUUGAAAAAUUCGGUAUACAUCGACGAAACAUUCAAAACUGGGCAUCCAAAAAAUUCCUUCGUACAUGUUUAUACAAUAAAACUGAUCCAGAAAAUCGAUUUUGUCCAAUAUUUCAGUUUGGUACUAUAUUUGAAGAAGCUAAUGUAGACCAAUCAAUAUUUAUUAGUGGUGGUGUAAUCGGGAUUGAUAUCGAUUGGAAAUGUGAUCUUGAUUGGGAUGUUCAAUAUUGUAAUCCAACUUAUUCAUUUCGACGAUUAGAUGAUGCAAAUGCUAAAAUAGCUUCAGGAUUUAAUUUUCGUUAUGCUCAUUUUUAUAGUGAAAAUGGAACUAACUAUCGAGAUUUGAUAAAAGCUUAUGGUAUAAGAUUUGUUAUUCACGUUAGCGGUGAAGCUGGUAAAUUUCAUCUUCUCCCAUUGACAAUGAAUAUUGGUUCAGGUUUAGCUUUACUCGGUUUGGCGCCAACUGUCUGUGACAUAAUCGCAUUAAAUCUUUUAAGAUCAAGAGAUAUUUAUCAACGUGCAAAAUUUGAAACAAUUGCUGAAGAACAAGCUCAUUUAUCUAGUCGUCGUGCUGAUAAAGCACAACGUAAAAAAUAUGGUUUAUCUAAACGGAAUACAGAUACAGUAAAUGAAAAUUCAGAUGAAAAUGGUAAAAUUAUACAAUGGAAAGAUGAUCAAGAAUUUAUAGUAAAUGAUACACAAACUAUACAUUCAUCAACAUAAUCACUGAAUAAUUGUAAAUUCAAAUGGAACGGUACGUUUUUGUUGUUGUUGUUGUUUUUUCUCUCUGAAAUGGUUUCACUCAUCGUACAUGAAACUGUUGCACAUUGAAUGACUAUGUAAUUGAAGCUAUGAAGUAAGAAAGAAAUGGUUAUAUAUAUAUAUAUAUAUAUAUAUAUAUAUAUAUAUAUAUAUAUAUAUAUAUAUAUAUAUAGGAUCAUUUCCUUCAAUAUUCAUUCAUAUCUCUUUUAUUGUUAUUCACUCGUACAUAUUUGACGUUAUUUCAAAUUAUAUCUUAGCUUCUUUAACUAUUGGUGGUUAUGCUUUUGGUUUUUUAGAACUUCCAAUGUGAUAAAUGACAAUCGUUUACAUUUUUAAUAUCUACAUUCAUAUUUCUUUACAAACUAUUACUAACAUAAAGCAAAAGGAUUAACAUACAUGAAAAGUUAUAUCAUACUUCUAGAUCUGUUGUAAAUGUUUACAAAUUUUCAUUAAUUAUUGUCAUUUGUCUGCUUUGAAUGUGUUCCCUUUUGUUUUGUCUUGUUCUUUUGUUUUUCUUUUCUGUUUUGUAUUCAACAAUUUCUAUUCGGUUAUCUGUUUUCAUUUAUAAUAAAUUAAUGUAUUUCAUUCCUGUUAGAAAUUAUUUGUUGAAAAUGAACAACAUUGCAUUUCCCUCAGCAACCACCAUCCACCCCCACCCCGAAAAAAACACAACGAAAACAAAAAUGGAUCCAUUUCAUCAGAAUGUGAAAAUAUUCAAAUAUCAAUUGGUUACUAUCAUCUUAAGAAAUGAUGUCCAUUUAGCGAGCGGAAAAAUGGAUUUUGAAAACAACCAGUAUUUUCACAUUUAUAUACUUCAAUUUAAAGUUAUUGAGAAACUUUUUUUCUUAAAUGAUAAACCAACAAAUUGGAACUACUCAUUUGGAACUUUCACUACGUUCAUUUUGAUGUAACUUUAUUCUGUUUGUUUGGUGAAAGAAUAUAAUUUGUGAUGUUUUUCUCUCUCCCUCUCUCUUUCUCUCUUAAUUCCUUAGUCUUUUUUUAUUAUAAAAUUAUUUUACAAACAUUAUCUAUGAUAAUCUUAAUGUAUUAUGCAUUUGUCAAAAGUACACAUCUGUGAAUUAUUAUAAGUAUAUAUACAUAGUCUAAAUCAUGAAAUAAUCUUAGCUAGAACACUACUGAAAACCUGAAAACUUUGGACGGACGUUUCAUCCUCGUAUGAGACUCUUAAAAAGUGAACAUCCAGGAAUCUACCACGGGGAAUCGAACCUAGAACUUUCGGUCUGUCAUGCAAAUGUUUGACCUUUGGACCACUAAUCUGAUAUCUGAUGUUGUGAGUGUCCAGCUUAAAUCAACUCAUGAUAUUGCACAACCUUCAUCUAUCGUUUACAGUAAAUAACAAUAUCACAUCUGAUAUGGUUGAACUCUAUUGGUCACAGCUUCAUACUAGAUUUCCUGGAGUUGCAUCUUGAAACUAGUGAGCACAUGAUUAUUUUGAGUAUAUAUGUAUAUGUUACGUGUUUUCUAUAUAUAAUUCCUAUUCGAAAAAAAAAUAUUUUUGAUUUAUUUUGAUCAGUAGCUGGGGCAUAUUUGCAUAAUCCAGUCCAAACUGAUAGGUGAUAACUUCUCUGGAUGGAACAGUAUGUAAUAUCGCUAUGAAUCCAGCGGAAUUAUCGGCUGUAACAUAAACGUACGUAUACCUUGCUAAAGAAUACUAGAUAGUACGAAUUUAACUUGACGAUUUCUUAUCGACUGAUAUCAUCCGUUUAACGUGGAUUUCCUUUCGUGAAACAUUUGCUUGGUUAAAAAAGCGCUAUUUUUAGAAUUUAAUGGAUGUCAUACAUUGAGGAAAAAGAGGAAAAUUCCGUAAAUCUUUAAUAACCAAUUUUAUCCACACUGAAUACAAUUAUUUAAAAUCGUAUGUAGGUAACUUCUGCAGAAAAAUGAUUACAUAACACUCAAUAAAAAAUUUACAGUAAAUAUCAUUAGACAAUGUAGCACACAAAUGAACUGAAAACAAACAGUGAAUAUAACUGAAAUAUCUAACAUACAACAUCAGUGAUUAUUAUCAGAAAGACGUUUUUGUGGAUAUUAUAGUAAUUUUAAUAGUUGAGUUCAUGAGUCAAUUGAAGCUAGAUCGCCAUGAAAAAUCAUGUAAUCGCCGGAUGGCCGUUUCGUGGGACUCCUCAGCAGUGCACAUCCACGAUCCCACCUGACGAGAUUCGAACACAGGACCUAUCGGUCUCACGCGCGGACGCUUAGCCUCUACACCACUGAGACAGUCGGCAUCCAACAGUGUUAAUGUCUGAUUUCAACCAAAAAUUAUCGAUGGUUGAUACAAUUAGGAUUUAUUCUUUUGUAAUCUUUAUCUAUGUAUUGAUUCGCUUCUAACAAAUUAGGCUUAGUAAAUGCAUAGAAAAGAUACGAGAGAUUCUUCACUAGUUGAGGAAUAUUUUCACAGCUUUUCUUAAAUUUUGUAUAUUAACGCCCAUGGGACCAUUAUUCCAGUAGUGUGUAACUUUUAGAGGGCAAUACGAAGUCUCUGCAACAGCUUUUUUCUGUAU